GCGAACAUUGGCUUGGAGAAAUGGUCUUUACACCACGACGGGGGAUACAGGUAUGGCACCUCAACAACGAACAUGGCUGAAGUUUUCAAUAGCGUCAUGAAAAGUGCACGAUACCUGCCUGUAACCGCCUUUGUUGAGUUAUCAUUCUAUCGUGUGAAUGCCUAUUUUGUGGAAAGAAGAGAAACUAGUAAGAGAAGAUUAGCAGAAGGGCAUCGCUACUGCCAGCAAGUGACCGAACUGAUUGAGAAAAAUACGGAAAAAGCAAAGCAUCACAAGGUCACAAUAUUUGACAUAGGCCGUGGUUUAUACCAAGUGGAGACGGGUCGUGGUGGUCGAACCGUGGGGAAGGGUGGUAAAAAACAAACGGUGAAUUUGCACCGUCGCCAUUGCACAUGUCAGAAGCUGAAUAUUUAUAAGAUUCCUUGCUCACAUAUAUUAGCGGUAUGCAGAGACCGUAGUUUGUCCUAUGAUCCAUUUGUAGAUAUAUUUUUUUCAUCAUCGGAGUAUGCUGCUUCCUAUAAAAGAGUAUUUAAGCCCAUACCAGAUAUAGCGUAUCGACCUACUUACACUGGCCCACGAGUUGUGCAUGACCCGUCGAUGAUUCGCGCUAAAGGUCGUCCGAAGGCUAAACGAUUGAGAAAUGAAAUGGAUGAAGGCCCUACAGGUACUGUGAGAUGCAGUAAAUGCAAGCAAACAGGGCAUAACAGGACGACAUGUGCUAGAAGAUCGGAAGGACACGUAGGGAGUUCCAUUGGGUAAUGUUGUUCUUUUAUUCACAAAUGCAUUAGAAAUAUUAAAAAAUAAAUAAAUUUAAUUUAAUAAUAAAAUAAAAUAACUAAUACACUUAUUACUUUUACAGCGCCGAUGCAGGUGUCAGUGGAUCCCGGACCGAUUGAUCCUUCAGUCCUGACAUUGCAGGCCACGCACCGGAGCGAGGAUGUGUGGCGUGGCCUGGAUGAUCAGGUAGAUAGGUGUCGUGAGCACCUACGCAGUAUAUUCCACAUGGGGGUGGACGAUAGGAUUCUACAUUACGUUCGAUUAGCUGGGUUUAUGGUGUUCACAGAUUAGUUUCGACUCUGCAUAUAGAUAGAGCAUUACUUACCGCUCUACUUGAGCGUUGGAGGCAGGAGACUCACACGUUCCAUUUACCAGUGGGUGAGGUCACGAUCACAUUAGGAGAUGUGGCUGUAUUGGCAGGUCUACCGAUCGAGGGUCGGGCAGUUACUGGGACUGCAUGUAGACUGUGGGUUGAUUUGGUACACAGAUUGUUGGGAGUACGGCCACACCCUGGGACAGAUAUUCGGGGGUCCGCCUUGAGGAUGGCUUGGUUGAGAGAGCAUUUUGUUGGUUUACCUGCUGAUGCUGAUGACGAUGUUGUGCAGCAGUACGCGAGAGCCUACAUUCUGAUGCUUAUGGGAGCUUCCACGUUUGCGGACAAGAGCGGGAAUGAGGUGCAGGUCUUGUAUUUACCCAUUCUGGAGUCUUUUGAUGUAGCUGCAGUUUAUAGCUGGGGUAGUGCGACUUUAGCAUACCUAUAUCGGCAGUUAUGUCGAGGAUGCCAUCGUGACGGUGGAGAGAUGGGUGGGUUUUUAUUGUUGAUACAGCUAUGGUCAUGGGAGCACAUUCAUAUCGGCAGACCUGUCAUACUGCGAUAUCAUGGGAUAGAUGGUGGUCCUCUUGAUGAUGAUAUGGAUCAGCACGCUGUACUUGGGCCACAUCAUGUUCGUGGCGAGGAUCCUUUGGGUCGUAGAUGGCUAUUUGCUCAUGUCACGCGCACGUCAUCCGCUGCUGGAUUAGGAUACUACCGAGAUGCUUUAGAUCGCUUGUGUGAUGAUCAGAUGACGUGGAUGCCGUACACUGAUGAGAUUUUAGGGCUGUUGCCUCCUGUUGCCCGAGAGCACACUGAGAUAUGGCGAGCACGUGUGCCCUUGAUAUGUUUUGAUGUAGUGGAGCAUCACUUUCCUGAUCACGUACUACGCCAGUUCGGGUUGCAGCAGGUUACUCCCAGACCUUGUGAUACAUCUGUGGAUUUGCACAAGAUUGAUAGACGGGGGAAGCACACUGAAGAUUGGGGGAUGCGCCAUAUUCAGUAUAUCACUAUGUGGGAUGAGAGAGCGGCGUAUAUAGUGGACGGGAUCCCAUCAUUAGUCCCCACAGCUUCUGUAGACUACAUGAGAUGGUAUUACACCAUCACACGGGUGUUUAUCUCUCCCAGUUUUCGUUUACCCACUGAUCAUUACCAGCCUAGCUCAGUCGCUCUUCAUAUGACGACACGGGCUUUGCGUAGCAUCCAUGACAGAGCGACUGCUAUACUUGAUGAGGCGGUAGAUGUACAGGGAUACCAUGACGCUUGUUCAGGCAUUGUUUCACUGUGCGCUGAUGUAUUGGGUCGAGUGGAUUAUGGAUAUAUGGCCACCUCUCAGCAUUCCACCGCAUCUACAUCCGCAGCAGGGUCUUCUCAGGCAGUCCGACGUGAUAGAGUUGUUCUUCAGCCUCGUAACCAGCGCAGGCGUCCCCGAGCACAGCCACAUGAACUUCAUGAUGAUGAUGAUCACAUUGACUUAUGAUCUUUGUAUUUAAAUUAUUGUGUGAAAGUUGUAGCAUGCACUGGCAGAUCGAAUCAUUUUGUGAAACACCAGAUUUAUUAUAACUUUUAUGGUUUAUACUCAAUUUUGUGGUGCAUUGAUUCGUUUUGUGAAAGUUUCAUAAUAUGUAGUUUCAUUGAUUCGUUUUGUAUUUUG